AAACAAACAAACAGCAAAAACGCUUCAAGCAGAAGCCAGAAAAAUUCCUCACCAUCUGAAGAUGAAAGAAAAGUGCGUGUCGCUAAGUCAAGUAACUUUAUUCAGUUUUUCCAAAUGUACUAUAUGCUAUAUUUACAUUUCUGUUUGUAACUGUAAUCCUAUUAUACUGUAGAUUUUUUUCCAUGUGCACUCAAAGAGUAAUGCUAACCCUUUCAGCACUUAUCUGGAAGCUUUGUGACUAAAUCUACAUACACACCAUGUAGGAUAUCAUUUGAAACAAAAACCCUGAAUAACAGCCAUUAUAGUUUUUGUAGUUUUUAGGUAAAGUGAACCUCAGUUAGAUUUAAUUAAUCUUGCUUGGUGCAUUAAACAACUCACUGCCCCCUUUCUGCAACCCCCGCCCCCAGAAACAAUGGGCUCUGCAAUCUCUCUGUCAGAGGCCAACAGUGCCUUCUCUCUGGCUUUGUUCAAACAGCUGAGCAACAACAACAAGACGGGAAACAUCUUUUUCUCCCCGUUCAGCAUCUCUUCAGCCCUGGCUAUGGUGAUGCUGGGGGCCAGAGGCAACACAGCCACACAGAUGUCAGAGUGCUUGCAAACUGGGGAUUGUUGGGGUGAUGUUCACAGCAGCUUUGCCAAACUUCUCACUGAACUCAACAGGACAGAUGCUCGAUUUACCUUCACUGUUGCUAACAGACUGUACAGAGAGAAGUCCUGCCCCUUUACUCAGGAAUUCUUAAUACAAGCAAGAAACAUUACAGCACAGAGCUGGAGUCUGUGGACUUCAAGACCAGGUCUGAAGAGGUCAGGAUUGAUGUCAACAACUGGGUGCAGCAACACACACCAGGUAACAUCACAGAGGUGGUGGAUGAAGAUGAUUUGAAUGAACUGACCAGGCUGGUGUUGUUCACUGC